AUGAUGCAGUGGAAUCCAAACCCAGAUGUUGUGGUCCAGCAGCUGGAUCUCCCUUUUCGGCCUCCACCAGGACUGGCAUGGCCAUACCAUGAGAAUCCUUUCAUCGGACAGAUAGCUGGAAUGCUAGGACAUGGAGAAAUCCAAGCUACACAAAGGGGAGGAGCCCUUCUCGUCCAAGAACACGAGGCUCUAAUUCUUUUAGAAGGCCCUGCACCAAUUCAGGCCCCCCAAAACCAGCCAGAACCUCCACUUAUUUCAUGA